GCAAAGCGCGUGGGCGUGCCAACCAUACCGGAAGCAGGAAAAGACAAGAAAGCUAAAGAAGACUACCAAUAGUUGUGGAGACAACGUGUUAAUGUUUGAUUAAAACAACUGACAGUUUUAUAUUAUGUGUUAAUAAGAGUCAUUCUCCUCGAUGCUUAUUCAGCUGGCGCCGAAACUUAAAAAGCGGAAUUUUAUCUUUUCCAGUGUGAAAAAAUGAGCUCGGUCAGAGAGGAAGGUAAAGACCGAAUCAUCUUUGUCACCAAAGAAGAUCAUGCAACACCCAGCAGUGCUGAGCUCGUAGAGGAAGAUCCCAAUGACCCAUAUGAGGAACAAGGACUGAUUCUUCCCAGUGGGGAGAUCAACUGGAAUUGCCCCUGCCUGGGUGGGAUGGCCAGUGGUCCCUGUGGGACUGAAUUUAAGGAUGCAUUCUCCUGCUUCCAGUAUAGCAAAGAGGAGGUGAAGGGCACUGACUGCCUGGAGCAGUUCAGGGUCAUGCAGGAGUGUAUGCAGCAUUACCCAGAGCUGUACCCGCAAGAAGAUGAGAAGGUGUUGACAGAACAAUCAUCAGAAACAGACCAGACCUCACAAGACUCGGCACUUGCAGAAAUAUCAGGUGCAAACAUGACAUCUACUACUGAUCAUGUCUCUGAUACUACAGAGCCCAACACAAAGAACUCAGUGGGACACUAAUGCUGCAUUUACACUUUAAGAACCUAACGAGCCAUAUACCCUGUACUUCCCUUAACCAUCACCAAGCAUAGCCUCCAGAGCGCUGAAAUUUAGCUCCCAGACCGUACCUCCAAAGUGGUCCAAGUGUAGCGGAAACAAACGCAGAACCCAUGAUGAGCGUUACUUGGCGCACCACCUUUCGGUGGGUUCCUAUAAUGGAAAAACCCCUUAAUAAAAACUGCUUGCUGUGACUGUCUAGAGGGGCAUGUCAUUGUCUCUGUUUGAUUGACAGCAGCUGGCAAACUGAGCGACAGCAUUUAAAUGCCAUAGCUUACUAUAAAGCAAAUGAUGUCUUGGUAGCAGUGGCACUGCUGACUAAGGACCACCCCAGCAAAUUGAAGUGAUAUUUGCAGUUAUGUUUACAUGCUGUUUAGUGUGCUUGCAGCUGACCAGCCUAUUAACCCAUCAGAUUUUUUAAAAGUUAGUUGGUCCCUUUUCCCCCAUAAAUGCUUGUUUGGUCUCUCAGUCAACAACCUAAGGUGCAGGACAAGAUGUGUUUUUUUGUUUGUAGGUUAGAUAAGGAAGAGGCUUCAGCCGGCAAGCU